AUGAAAAAGUCUCCAGAGGAGAUUGUCACUAUUCUAGAUGAAUUAUCUGAAGAUGCAAAUCAGUGGCCCUAUGAGAUUGUUGAAAGAAGAAGAUCAAUUGGUGUUCACCAGGUUGAUACUAACACAUCUGUGCAGGUACAACUUGAUGCCAUGACAAAAGAAAUAAAGAAGCUGACCUUAGCUUCUAUACAUAAUGAGCCUCAUGUAGCAUGUGACAUAUGUGAAAGAGGACACCUUACUCAUGAGUGUCAAGCUACCACGGAGGAAGUGGAUGCUGUGGGUAGUUAUAAUUUCAAUGCAAUGGGCAAAAAACAACAUGUUUUUUCAUGGAGUUCACCCGGGGGUACUGCAAAUUCAUGGCAACAAAAUAACCCUAGAUUUCAGGGACAAGGAGCUCCAGAUGAGAGAUUAGAUGCUCAUGGUGCAGCUAUUAAAGAACUUGGGACAGGUUUGCGAAGUUUGGAGAUACAAGUAGGACAAAUUGCAACUAUAUUAUCUGAGAGAAUCCCAGAUCCCACUCCAAUUUACAAUGAAGUUGCGCCUGAUAAAGAAAGUGGGAAAGAACUGAAAAUAGAAGAUGAUGAAAAGACUAAGAAGAAGAAAGGCAAGAAGGGAGCUAAGAAAAAGAAGAAGGAGGAAACUUCAAGGAGAGAGGAAUCUGAUGAUGUGAGCAAGCACAUGCAUGCUCUACCAUUUCCCCAAAAGAUCUAUAGAGAAAAGCUAGACAAGCAGUUUGAGAGAUUUCUAGAUAUGCUGAGAGAGGUUAAUGUAAACCUGCCAUUCAUUGAAUUUCUCUCACAAAUGCCAGCUUAUACAAAGUUCUUGAAAGAGAUCCUUAUAAAGAAGAGAAAGAUAGAGGAGACCUCAGUGGCCAAGCUCACAGAGCAUUGCAGCGCGAUCUUACAAAAUAAACUCCCACAAAAGUGUGGAGAUCCAAGGAGUUUCACUAUACCUUGCUCUUUAGGCACUUUACAUAUUGAUGAGUCUUUAUGUGAUUCUGUUGCCUCAAUUAAUCUAAUAUCAUUGUCUAUUUAUAGAAAACUGGAGAAGGAGAUCGGAGAGAUAAGGUCAGUGCCAAUAUCUUUGAAGCUAGCAGACCAAAUGUCUAUAACACCCAAGGGGAUAGUAGAAGAUGUUUUGGUGUAG